AUGGAUCUUGUUUACAAGCUGAACAAAAGCUGUGGGACAUCCUCUAUUUCACGAAAGAUUCUCCAACCACUGACGUAUUCCUUCAUGGGAUUAAUUUCAAAAUUUGCCCUAUUUCGUCAUUGUUUAAAUGUUAUUGGUUCUGAACGUUUGUUCCUGGCAAUCGAUAAACGACCAACUAGUCAUCCUCUGAUUACUGUCAGCAAUCAUCAUUCAUGUCUUGAUGAUUUCUUCCUAAAUGGCUCUUUGAUACCAUUAAAAUACUUUGCUAAUGUCGCAGUAUGUCGUUGGUGCUUGACAGCUGUAGAUAUAUGUUUCACAUCAUGGUGGCAUAAUCAAUUUUUCUUCUGGUUCAAAGGAGUUCCUGUAUGGCGAAGAGUUCGUGAUCCGUUAUCUGGUAAGAUAACACAUUUCGGUGGUGGGAUAUAUCAGCCUAGUAUGGAUUUCUGUAUAGAUUUAUUGAAUUCUGGUCAAUGGAUUCAUGUAUUUCCUCAGGGUAGAAUUGUUCAACCACAUGAACGUAAUUCAGAACAAAAUAUCCGGCUACGUUGGGGAAUAGGACGAUUAGUAGCAGAAUCAAAAGAAGAUCCUAUUAUAAUUCCAAUAUGGCAUUGCGGUUUAGAUGAACUUAAUCCAUCUGAAGUACCAAAUACUGCUGUUACUCUAAGACGUAUAUUCGGCAAAUCGCGCCGUGUAACUAUUGGUAUCGGUGAACCGAUUAAUGUGUGUAAUUUACGUCAACAACUAAGGCAUAAUCUUCGUCAAUAUGAAACAUCCUCAGAAUUUCGUUCUAGCAUACACAGUACAUUUACUCAAGUUGUUCAAAAUCAACUGUAUAAACUCAAAGAAGAAAUGGAAUAUGAACAUCGAAAAUUUUCUUCAACGUCAUAG